AUGGCCCAAACAGCAGCGCAGCUCCAGAUCAACACGGCCCUAACCCAGGCCCACUACGCCAUCCAGCUCCAGCUCGCCCAGCUGCAGGCCAUCUACGCCCAGCAAUUCGCCUACACCCCCGCCAUCACCUCCCCGCUCCUGCUCGAUUCGGAAACCACAGCCGAGGACCUAUACGACUGGCAGAACAGCGAAGAUGCGGCGGCCAUCAACAACAACAACGCUUACGGCUGCGUCGACCCGUCCUCGGUCAUGUACAACAACGACCCGUACAGCUCCUUCUCCUUCUCCGCCGACGGCUCCUUCUCCCAAAACGACACCAUCGACGAGGACGAAAGCCCCUACCCGCAGCCCAUCGCCUCGCCCAUCGAAACCGCCGCCAACAACGACCCCUGCCUCUCCCCUUUCCCGGAAUCCUGGGACCUCGCCACCGCCCUCAAGGUCGGCCGCAGCCCGCCGCCCGACGACCACAUGGGCUCCCCCAAGAUCGCAGAGGUCCUCGCCGCCUCGGGAACCCCCGGCCGCCCGCCCCGUCGCCGCCACGUGCGCCAGCUGUCAGCCCUGCAGAGCCCCCGCGGCAGCCGCAUCUUCCACAUCGACGACCUAGUCCCCGACCAGCAGGGCGGCCGCAAGGGCAGCCGCGCCAGCCUGAGCGGCGACUACCGCCCCGGUUCGUCCUACCGCCCCGGCUCCUCCUACGGUCGCCCCGGCUCCUCCUACGGCCGCCCUGGCUCUUCCUACGGCCGUCCCGGCUCCGCCUACGGCCGUCCUGGAUCGGGCUACGGUCGUCCUACGUCUUCGUACAACCGUCCGGGCUCGUCGAGGAUGAACGUGUCGACGACGACGGCCGACUUCGUCCAGAACUCGGAUGGCGGCGCCCGCGACAUGGGUUUCGGCGGGUGGCUCGAGAAGCCGCUGCGGGAGCAGGACGAGGAUGUGGCGCCGGAUGGCGGUGCUGCUGCUGCUGCUGCUCCUGCUGCGGUGCCGCCGUCGGCGGUGAUGGUGGUGGAUAGCGAGGCGGCGAACAAGGGCAAGGGCAAGGCUCGCCUCGACCCCACCAGCCCGACUUUUGUCCCCGGCGCCGGCUUCUUCGCGCUGCGGGCCCCUUCGGACACGCCUGCACCUGCGCCUGCUGCCAUGCCUGCGGCUGCUGAGCCUGCCGUGCCCAGGCCCGUGGCUAUCCUGAUCUCCGACGACGACCUCAUGGCCUCGCCGCCGCCCCCCGCGCUGGAUUCCAGCCUGUCGUCGUUCUCGUCGACCAACAGCGUCAACAGCCCCCCUCCUCCUGCCGCUGCCGCCAACGUCGCUGCAGCGAUCGAUGCAGCGGCGGACUCCGCGGAAAACAAGCGGCGCUACUCCGCUGCGGCGGGAUACUCGGCUGCGGCCGUCGAUCUGCUGCUUAACCGCUUCCGCGAGAAUGCGGCGAAUCCGAUUAAGAAGAGGAGGAGUUGGAGGAAGAAUUUGAAUGGUGGUGCUGGUGCGGGUGGUAAGGCGAUGGGGAAGAUGGUGGCGGUGGGGGAGGAGAGCGGGGAUGCGGGGCUGAUGGGUGGACCGGGCCCGGCUGUCGUGGGGCUCGGGGUGCAGGUGUGA